CCACCCCUCUUCUGAUGGAGCCCAGGAUACCAUUUGAACAGACUGGACAGGAUCCGAAGGAUGAAGAUGACCAAAGGGCCGGAGAACCUGCCCUGUGUGGAGACACUGAGGAGUCGGGUCUUUUCUCUCCCGGAGAAGACAAGCGGGCUCGCUCUCAUUCUGUCCCAAGCCGUCCCGCAGACCCCCUGCGCGCCUGCCCGCACCCCCAGCAGCGCUGCUCCCGAGCACAUCCCGCAGCGGGCUGCCCCUCCAGCAGCGGGGCGGGCCCGGCCCGGCGCAGGGAGGGCAGGAGAGGGAGGCGGCCGGGGCGGUGCACGGAGGCCCGCCCGCACCUGUUCCCUCCUCCCGCCGCCCUCCUCUUCCUCCUCCUCCUCGCCCACCUGCCCGCGGCUCCGCGUCCCCGCCGCGCUCGGCAGCAGCAGCGACAUGUUGCCCAGAGGAUCCUCGUCCAUGCCGCCGCCGCCUCCCAACCCCGUUGCCUACUUCCCGCCCCCCCGGGUCACGCUGCCCUCCGGCCUGGAGAUCCUGCGCACCUACUCGGGAGCCUUCAUCUUCCUGGAGAUCCUGUUUGGAACUAUAGUCUGGAUUCUGGUAGCUUCUACACAAGUUCCACUGCCACUGCUGCAGGGAUGGGUAAUGUUUGUAGCAGUGACUGCGUGGUUCCUGUCCCUUGUCUUCCUGUGUGUGUUUCUCUUCGGUUAUGCAAACAGAAUCGCUGUCAACUGGAACCAGACAGACUUUCUUUUCCAUGGUGCUACUUUCGUAUUUUAUUUUGGAGCUUUUCUACUGCAAGCAGCAACUACUUCUCUGCAUAACUACCCUCGCGGAUUAAAUUCCACAACAAAUAUGAAGAUUCUAGGUGAUCAUGAAUAUAACAUAAGCAUAGCAGCCUCGAUUUUUGCCUUUGCAACAGCUGUUUGUUAUGGUUUCAGCACAGCCCUGGCAUUGAGGAGAUGGAAGCUAUAGCAGUUGAAGAGACUUUGAUUCCUGAGUGUUCUACUUCAGAUCAAAUUAAGUACUACUUGUCUGUUUUACUGUAAUGUUAUUCCAAAAAGACUUUUUGCUUAAAAUUUGUUUCCAAGUGUUGAAAUGCAAAUAACCCUUAAUCAGGAUUUAUUUAACAGAAGAGAAGUUUCUGUCUCUUCCUUUUUUUAUUUUUUACUUUCAUUGGGAACUCCUUAUAAACAUUAUUUGUUGAAUUGUAAUCCAGAGUUCAGAGAUAAGCAGAUGUUACUAGCAGAUAACAGAGUACUGGUGCUAAACCAGAAGAACAGGAAGAAAACUGAAACUAAACAGACAUGUUACCUGCAUAGGCAGCUAAAGAAGCUACCCCCCCUUGUUAAGGCCUGGGAUUGGGCUCUACGUGUGCUGCAGCAUUACGGUGUGUUCCACACAGGUAGGGCCUCGAGGCUCUUUGUAGAGUCACUGAUCUUGUGUGUGCUGCUCUUUGCAUGAUCAGAGUCCAAUCUGACUGCGAUAUCAGCUUAGUGUGUGUUACUAACUUUGUACAGAGAAAAUAUUUUAAAUAUCCAUCCAGUGCAAUCUUUCAUUGUUGUUUUACAACCAUAUUCAGCUAUGGUGAUUUGAUCAUUCCAGCCUACUGUAUUCUUUUGUAGAUGGAAAAUGACUGGGAUUGUCAAACAGUAAGUAGUUGAUUAGUUUUAGAAAAUCAGCUCAAUCAGAUCUAUUUAUACUGCAAAACAAACAGUGCAUUUGUGUGGUGUGUGUAUAUAAGUGGCAUAAAUUUGACAGGACAAUUUGCACUGUUUUAUUUUGUGGAAAUACAGCUUUGUUUUUGUAACUUAAGUGCUGCUUUUGUUACUUAUUAUGUGAGUCAACAUCAUUUGAAUGGAAUGUUACCAAAUGGUGACUGUUGUCUGACCUCAAUUCUUGCAGUGCAGUAUUUGGUGCAUCCUGAUGUUGGUUUGUGUUGUAAAGGUGUUUUUAUUUAGACAGAUGCCUAUGCAACAUCUUUCUGAAAGCAGCGAAAUGCAAAGCAGUCUGCCCAUUACAGAGUUGGCUUUUGGCAGAAAGGAGGGUUAAUUGAAUAUUCCAGUUGUGUAAUGACACCAUUAUAAAUACAGAAUUAACUUAAAUACAGCAUUGUGCCCUGCUCCUUAACAACUCUUGUCACUAGUGCCAAAUUGAUAAUCUGGGAGCAUAAAAGUUCCCUAUCAUUCACAGAAGUUUUUGCUCACUGCUUCUUGCCGUUGCACCUUACACUUCUGCAGAAACUGCACCUUAGAAUUCUACAGAGAACAGCAGUGGUUGGGUGAGGGAAGACAGGAUGUUCCUCAUUUCCAAACCUGCUCUUUCUCCUUGAGCCAACCAAAGUGAGAGCCUGUUAUGGAAGGUACUUGCCAAAUUUGUCAGGAACAAGGAUCUCUGAGAGCUGCCAGCCUCAUGGAGUCCUUCAGUCCCUGCUGACCCAGCACAGAGAUUUUGAUCAAUGACGCAGCAGCGAGUGGCAGCCUUUCCAACUUCUGGAACCACUCAGUCCUGAAUUACUGCAAUGGGAUGUUUUUGUAUAUCUUGUUUUCUGAAAUUUUUGUCUUAACAAAGAUUUUGUACUCUGCCUGAUUUUAUUUUUUUUUUUCUAAUCCUUUACUUGCAUUGGAACUUGUUUUGUGAAUGUUUUAUCUAGAGCCAUAUACUUUAAAAAAAUAUUUCAUAUUGUAUAAAAUAUGUACAGUAACACUGGAGUAUAUGGAUGAAAAUGUUUAACAGACUUACCUAAGCAGCAUUAAAGUUACUUAAAAUGUU